AUGGGGAGAAAGGGUCCAAAUUUGGGCCCGCUGCUGCCCGCUGCCCUGCGGGCCCCGCUGGCGCUGCUGCUCUUCUGCUCGGGGCUCUGGCUGCUGCUGGGGCUCACCCUGCGCCUGGGGCUGCGCCUGCUCCUGGGGGGCACCGGGGGCGCCCUGGGCCGGCCCGGACCCCCCCCCCGCCUCUGGGUGGCCCUGGUGCGCAUGUUCUGCGGGCGCCGCCCGGGGCUGCGCAGCCUGCAGGGGGCGCUGCCCGCGCUGCCCCUCCCCCCCCUGAGCGACACCGUGCGCCAGGCCGUGGAGUCGCUGCAGAGCCUGGGGCCGGGGGGGGUGGGGGAGGGGCUGCCCCCCCUCGCCCGCAGCUUCUUGGGGGGGCCCGGCCCCCAAAUCCAGCGGUGGCUGCGCCUGCGGGGCUGGGCCCUGCCCUGCUACCUGAGUGAGCUGUGGGAAGGAGCAGCUGCACUUGGGGGCUCGGGGACCCCUCCCCAGCACGGGCAGCUACUACCUCAUGGACGUUUUGGGGCCGCCCCCCUCGCGGGUCCCGGCCGCCCGAGCCGCCAACGUCGCCUUCGCCUUCCUGAGCUUCCGCAGCCUCGUGCGGGCCGGGAGCCUGCCGCCGGUGCUGUUCCGGGGCUGAUUUUGGGGUGA